GAUAAUUUUUGGCCGCUUAACUUAAGGCGGCGUUGGCUUGGAAGUUUUUCUAGUGAGAUGUACGUACCCAACCGUGUUUCAUCUCUUCGAAGGGAUGUAAAACUCAGUAGGGCAUCUAACUUUUACACUCUAGGUAGUUUCAAUCCUGAAGAAUGGGAUAUUACCACCUUUAAAAACUAUCCUAUUUCUGGUUAUUUGCAAGUUAAAGGAAAAUUGAAGUGGUUUGCACUACAAGGUGAUCGUCUUUGUUGGUUUAAAGAAAAAGGAGACACCAAUCGUAAAGGUUUUUGGUUACUUUCAACUCUGCAAAGAAUACGAUAUUCUUUUGAAAUCGACUCAACGGAGGAAAACGUAGGAAUCGUCGUAAGCCUAGUAGACUCUAGCGGGAGAACUUCUGAAGUGUAUUUAGGGAUGCCGAGCAACGAAAUUGAUGACGCGCGACAUUGGUACGAUGUGCUAAGCUGGGCUUGUUUUGGCUUUUUGAAGAGCGAUACUGAGGAGGGAUCGGCCCCAAAAGAGAUCACCGCGCCUCGACCCUUUUCCGGAUGGCUUAAGAGAAAAACAGCCAACGGCUGGAAAAGUCGGCAUUUUCUCGCCCUUGCCCAUCAAGUGAAGUGGUACAAUACUGAGCAGACGAGCAGAGAAAAUCUCAUGGGCUUUUUGAGCAUGUUCUCGAUUACGGGUAUCUUCGACGGGCUGGUGAAGGGCAAGCUUCACCCGUGCUUGCUGGAAAUGGAAAUACAGAAGUCCAAGACGGACUGCGUGUUUUUUAUUGAACGCUCGUUCUCAAAAGAGCCGCUCUAUUUGCUCGCACCGUCUAAGCAAGUAAAACUGAUAUGGCUCGAUGUAUUGACGCGCCUGCACAAAUAUUUUUCGAGCCUUCCGGGCUCUUACGAGGAGCCGAUGUCGGACAUCGACAAUGACGAUGCCAAGGAGGUGUUGGCUGUGGAGAGAGCGAAGUUAGAAUCGCUGAUGAGCUUUGUGCCAAUGAUUGUUAUUAAGAGGUUCCUUGCAGACCCCACCGUGCUGGUCGAGCCAGAGUCCGAAAGGCUACCCAACAGCGCCGUUCUGUUUGCCGAUAUCAGCGGGUUCACCACGUUAGCGGAGCGUCUAGCCAAGAAAGGCGAAGCCGAAGGUGCGGAGAUUCUCUGCAAGCACCUCAACGCUUAUUUUGGUAAGCUCGUUGAAAUCAUUCACAAGAACGGCGGGGACGUCAUCAAAUAUGCUGGCGAUGCUCUCUUGGCCUUGUGGUACAACGGUCCGGCAUGGUUGACAGCCAUGUGUGCCACCCAGUGCGGCCUGGAUAUGCAAACGCACACUGCAAAGUACUCAGCGGACUCAGUUACGCUUACGUUGCACAUUGGAGUUGCGUCUGGCGCCGUCACAGGAAAGGCUUCUCUCCACUUAGUCUUCUACCUCUUGUGAUUGGCACGAACGGUUUCAGGCCUCCACUUGGGAGGGGUCC